UCUAAGAAGCAUAGUACCGUAGAGUUAAAAACAAAUUAAUUAUUAUUUUGUAUUUUGUAUAUAUAAUAUAAUGAAAUACAACAACUAAUAAAAAUGAAUUUAGAAUUACUAGAAUCUUUUGGGCAAAAUUUUCCGGAAGAAUUUGACGGCUCUUUGGAUUGUAUAUCUUUAGCUGUUACUUGCGCCUUUAAUAAGUAUGGUACACUUUUAGCAGUAGGUUGUAAUGAUGGGCGAAUAGUUAUCUGGGAUUUCUUAACGAGAGGGAUUGCCAAAAUUAUUUCUGCACACGUGCAUCCAGUUUGUAGUUUAAGUUGGACACGAAAUGGACAUAAAUUAUUAUCUGCUUCAACUGAUAAUAAUGUGUGUAUAUGGGAUGUGCUCUCAGGUGAAUGCGAUCAUAAGUUUCGAUUUCCAUCUCCAAUUUUAAAAGUGCAAUACGAUCCGCGAAACGAUCAGCUUUUUUUAGUUUGUCCAAUGAGAUAUGCAGCUGUUUUAGUAAAAGUAAAAGAAUUUCAUAAAUGUUUGCCGAUAGAUUCGGAUGGCGAUUUGAAUAUUGUAGCAUCAUUUGAUCGUCGUGGUAAACAUAUUUACACUGGGAAUGCGAAAGGAAAAAUUCUUGUCUUAGAUGUAAAUACUCUGGACAUUGUUGCAAGUUUUCGAAUAAUUGUAGGCUCAUCAAGCGCUACUGCAGUCAAAAGUAUAGAAUUUGCUCGAAGAGGAGAUGCAUUAUUAAUAAAUACGUCAGAUCGUGUAAUAAGAGUUUAUGAUUCUAAAGAAAUAAUUGCGUUGGGUAUAGAAGGUGACCCGGAACCAAUUCAAAAGUUACAAGAUUUGGUGAAUAAAACGACCUGGAAGAAAUGCUGCUUUUCUGGAGAUGGAGAGUAUAUAUGUGCUGGAAGUGCCCGUCAACAUGCAUUAUACAUAUGGGAGAAAUCCGUCGGAAAUUUGUUAAAAAUUCUUCACGGUACCAAGGGGGAACUAUUGCUCGACGUAGUUUGGCAUCCAGUCCGUCCUAUCAUAGCCAGUAUUAGUUCAGGAUUAGUGUCGAUUUGGGCACAAAAUCAAGUUGAAAAUUGGUCGGCUUUUGCUCCAGAUUUCAAAGAACUUGAUGAAAACGUUGAAUACGAGGAGCGUGAAUCAGAGUUUGAUGUAGAAGAUGAAGAUAAGUCUGCUAAUUUAAAUGCUGAUGAUAAAUAUGAUGAAGAAACUGAAGUAGACGUACAAAAAAUUGAGCCAGUAGCAGCAUUUUGCUCAUCAGAUGAAGAUGGUGAAGAUGAAACUGCUUUACAAUUUUUACCUAUGGCUCCUGAAGUGGAAGAUCCUGAAGAUGGUUGGCCAAUACAAGAUGGCGCCGAACCGACUAUACCUAAAGAAAGUGAAUCAACAACACAGGAUUAUAUUGAAAUGGGUGCAAAAAAACUUAAAAUGAGUACACACGAUAUUAAUUUGCCAGAUGCCCCAACAGAUGAAACGCAUCCUCUUAUUUCAAGUAAAAAUAAUAAUAACAAACAACCUGUAAGUGGAAAAAAAUCGGCCGGAAGACCUAAAAAAUAA